CCGGGGCCCCGGCGGCCCGCGCCCUUGCUAGGCUGCGGCGGCAUGGCCCGCGCGCCCGGCGCGACCUCUGCGGAUUGCAUCGGUGUGCGGCAGCGGGGCAUGCCCAGGGCACCGGGCACGGCCUUCAAUGGGCGAGGACACGGACACGCGGAAAAUUAACCACAGCUUCCUGCGGGACCACAGCUAUGUGACUGAAGCCGAUAUCAUCUCUACUGUCGAGUUCAACCACACGGGAGAGCUGCUGGCCACAGGCGACAAGGGUGGCCGGGUCGUCAUCUUCCAGCGGGAGCCGGAGAGCAAGAAUGCACCCCACAGCCAGGGCGAGUAUGACGUCUACAGCACCUUCCAGAGCCACGAGCCCGAGUUCGACUAUCUCAAGAGCCUGGAGAUAGAGGAGAAAAUCAACAAGAUCAAAUGGCUCCCCCAGCAGAACGCCGCCCACUCCCUGCUGUCCACCAACGACAAAACCAUCAAAUUGUGGAAGAUUACGGAGCGAGACAAAAGGCCCGAGGGCUAUAACCUGAAAGACGAAGAAGGGAAGCUGAAGGACCUGUCCACAGUGACCUCCCUGCAGGUGCCCGUGCUGAAGCCCAUGGACCUGAUGGUGGAGGUGAGCCCGCGGAGGGUCUUCGCCAACGGCCACACCUACCACAUCAACUCCAUCUCCGUCAACAGUGACUGCGAGACCUACAUGUCUGCGGACGACCUGCGCAUCAACCUCUGGCACCUGGCCAUCACCGACAGGAGCUUCAACAUCGUGGACAUCAAGCCGGCCAACAUGGAGGACCUCACGGAGGUCAUCACCGCGUCCGAGUUCCACCCGUACCACUGCAACCUCUUCGUCUACAGCAGCAGCAAGGGCUCCCUGCGCCUCUGCGACAUGCGGGCCGCCGCCCUGUGCGACAAGCACUCCAAGCUCUUUGAGGAGCCCGAGGACCCCAGUAACCGCUCCUUCUUCUCAGAAAUCAUCUCCUCCGUGUCGGACGUGAAGUUCAGCCACAGUGGCCGGUACAUGCUCACCCGGGAUUAUCUCACGGUCAAGGUCUGGGACCUGAACAUGGAAGCAAGGCCCAUCGAGACCUACCAGGUGCACGAUUACCUGCGGAGCAAGCUCUGCUCCCUGUACGAGAACGACUGCAUCUUUGACAAGUUCGAGUGCGCCUGGAACGGGAGCGACAGCGUCAUCAUGACUGGGGCCUACAACAACUUCUUCCGCAUGUUCGACCGCAACACCAAGCGGGACGUGACCCUGGAGGCCUCCAGGGAGAGCAGCAAGCCGCGGGCGGUGCUCAAGCCGCGGCGCGUGUGUGUGGGCGGCAAACGCCGCCGGGACGACAUCAGCGUGGACAGCCUGGACUUCACCAAGAAGAUCUUGCACACGGCCUGGCACCCGGCUGAGAACAUCAUCGCCAUCGCGGCCACCAACAACCUGUACAUCUUCCAGGACAAGGUCAACUCCGAGAUGCACUAGGUGGGCGCGGAGCCCCAUCCCCGGAGCCCGCCUGUGUGGCUGUCCCCGACACGACGGUCAAACAGCCACUGGAGGAGAGCAUGUGGCCCCGAGGGGCAGUCGGCCCCUGGGCCAGGCCGCCUUGGCUGGGGAUUGUGUAAAGUGCGGGACACAAAGCGGUCACAGCCGCAGAUCGUAACCUGGACGUGAUGGUGGGCCUCCAAGUUCAGGGUUCUUUCAUGCCUGCACUUGACCUGCCUGCGGUCUUUACCACAUUGUUAGGGUUUUUACAUCUCCAGGUUAAUUUUUCACUCCAGCGGUUUCUUUUAAGCCAAGCGGGAGCCAGUGGGAGCUGUUCCUCUCGUGCCCCAGUGGCCCCAGAUCGGGGCUCUGGGGGCAGUGAGUGAAGCUCAGACGAGCCAGCCAGAGGUCCUAUAUUAUAAAGGGGGUGGGCUCCACUGUCUCAGAGCUGAGGGCCUCACGUUUGCAUUUUGGAUUGUGAGUUCAUGCUGAGACUUUGGGGCUGAAAGCCCGUCUUUUAGGUUCUUUCAGUGUCUUUCAAUAUCCCAGGUCUGUUCGUUUCCGAUAGGAAGGGGCGGGGUGGCGUUUCCCACGUGCGCCUGUAACUCCCACAAUUUAACCCAACUGUGCUGCCGCAUCGGCCAUGGGCCAGGCAGGGCCCUCGUUCCUCCUCCGUCACGGGACGCUUUGUGGGAACUUGCCUGGCUCUGUCCUUGACCUUAUGGAACCUUCCUCACGCACACCAACUGCUCGCUGAGGGCCAGGCUCUGUCCGUGUCAGGUGCUGGGGGUGAAAAUGUGGAUGUGAGGAGACGGAGGCCCCACAGUGAUCUCCAGCUGGCCCACGGCGGGCACCAGCCAUGCAGUGGCACCCAGAGCCCGUCUGGGUCUUCCCACGGGUGCUUUCCGACUGUCGGUGGCCCACAGUGAAACCAGGCUUGGCUGGAAGGUGACCUUCAGUGUGAAGGAGGACAGAGCAGGGAGAACGGUGACAGGGUCCCGGGAGCGCUGAGGGGCAGGAGGGGGAAUGGAGAAGACCCUGGAGGCUCCUCGCUCUGCUUGGUGGCGCCGGAAGUCCGGCCCGCCCUUGGUCCC